AAUAGCGGUACACGCAUUGGGUCACGUGUGGUGCUCCUCCUGGUCUAUGCGGUCCAAAGUGUCAGACCUGACCUGGACACAGGCAGCAGUGAAAGCUGCACGAUGGGUCGCCUCGACGGGAAAGUGAUCGUGUUGUCGGCCGCCGCGCAGGGGAUUGGACGUGCGGCAGCAAUAGCGUUUGCAAAGGAGGGAGCUCAAGUCACAGCGACAGACAUAAAUAGAGAGAAGCUGAACGAGCUGGACGGAAUUCCAGGGAUCAAGACUAAGGUGGUGGAUGUGACGAAGAAGGACCAAGUUGAAGCCCUAGCCGAGGAACAUGACCGUGUGGAUGUGCUGUUCAAUGUCGCCGGCUUUGUGCACCACGGCUCCAUCUUGGACUGUGAAGAGGCCGACUGGGACUUCACCAUGAGCGUGAAUGUUCGCAGCAUGUACCUCAUGAGCAAGGCUUUCCUACCGAAGAUGUUGGCAAAAAGGUCAGGAAACAUCAUCAACAUGGCAUCUGUUGCAUCAAGCAUAAAAGGUGUUGUGAACCGGUGCGUGUACAGCACCUCCAAGGCUGCCGUGAUUGGGCUCACCAAAUCUAUAGCGGCGGAUUUCAUUGAGCAAGGCAUUCGCUGUAAUUGUGUCUGUCCCGGUACUGUUGAUACUCCAUCAUUGAGAGGUAGGAUCCAAGCCCAACCUGACCCAGACAAGGCUUAUACGGAUUUCAUGGCACGACAGAAAACUGGCAGAAUGUGUACAGCUGAAGAAGUGGCGUACCUGUGCGUAUACCUGGCCUCCGAUGAGUCUGCCUAUGUGACCGGGACAGAGCAAAUCAUAGAUGGAGGAUGGAGACUCUGAAAAAGCUUCUUUUUUUUUUUUUUAAACCCCAAAUAAAGUGCCCCCAGAAUUACUUGAUCAUCUUCUUUUUUUUUUUUUUUUUUGUGCAUGUUAUGUUUACUGAUUCUGUGGUAGACAUUCCCCACUUUCAAACUGAAAGCAAUGCUGCAAAUCUGCGAAAUGCCAAAAUAUGAAUAUGUUGUCUGAAAUUGUAAUAAAUUGAUAUCACACAUCCCUUAUUAAAUCGUGCAUAAAGCAAUAUGGUAAUGUGAUGGAUUAUGAGAUAUGUUUAAACAUCUAUAAAAACGUUUUCUUCGCAAACAC